AUGGCGUCGACCGCCCACCGCCGGCUCCUUCAGGAGUAUCGCGCGCUCACCAACAACCCACCAGAUGGCAUCACGGCAGGACCAGUGUCAGAAGACGACCUGCUGCACUGGGAGGCCUUGAUCCAGGGCCCGGAAGGCACCCCCUUUGAGGGCGGCGUCUUUCCUGCCGAGCUCAAGUUCCCCAAGGACUACCCACUCGCGCCACCGAGCAUGAAGUUCCUGGGCGAGAUCUUUCACCCAAAUGUCUACCCAAGCGGCCUGGUCUGCAUAUCGAUCCUCCACCCGCCAGGCGACGACCCGAACCACUACGAGCAUGCGUCGGAGCGCUGGAGCCCGAUCCAGAGCGUCGAGAAGAUUCUCAUCUCGGUCAUGAGCAUGCUGGCCGAGCCCAACGACGAAUCGCCCGCCAAUGUCGAGGCAGCCAAGAUGUGGCGCAACCAGCGGGCCGAGUACGAAAAGAAGGUCCGCGAUGGUGUGCGGAGGAUGCUGGGUCUAUAA